AUGCCAUCCUCAAUGUUCCCCAGAGGAAGGGUUAAUCAUGCUGGCAUAUCUGGAGCCAAACCCUUUCAGUUGCGUUUUCCUAAAAAGUUGCCUGAUACAAUUUUUACCAUGUCUAAAAUAUUAGCAGAGGACAAAUCACCUCUUCAUAUUGUUCUAUUUGAUGUUAGAUCUCAGUCUGUAGUCAAUGAUGGUCCCCUCUCCUCAAAAAAGAUAGAGAUCUGUGCUCUCAAUGGUGAGUUUGGAUCCAAUGGCAGUGAGGAUUUGAAUGAAGGGGAAUUCAAUGCCAAUAUCUUACGUGAAAGAGAUGGUAAAGGGCCACUAUUGAUUGGAGAGAGGUUUAUUACUUUAAAAAAUGGAGUUGGUUGCAUUACUAAAAUCAUCUUCACUGAUAACUCGAGAUGGCUAAGAAGCAGAAAGUUCAGGCUAGGAGCCAAAGUUGUGCAACCAACUUCCAGUGGAGAAAACAUUAAGGAAGGUAGAAGUGAACCUUUUGUGGUCAAAGACAACAGAGGAGAGCCUAACAAGAAGCACCACCCUCCAUCCUUGAAUGAUGAUAUCUGGCGUUUGGAGAAAAUUGCUAAAGAAGGAAAAAUCCACCAGCGGCUCUCUCUCCAUGGAAUUCACACUGUUAAGGAUCUCUUGCAGUUAUACAUAACCAACGCAUCUUCGUUAUAUGAGAAAUUUGGCAACAUUCAGAAGAAGUCAUGGUUAGCAAUUACUGAACAUGCCAAGGCCUGUGUGAUAGAUGAUUACAAGCUCUACGGCUAUCACACAGCAGAACAACCAAUAGGCCUGCUAUUCAAUUGCAUCUACGUCGUUGUGGGAGUGACAUUUGAUGGACAAGAUUAUUAUUCACCAGAUGCUCUCACCCCCAGCGAGAAUCAUUUGGUAGAAAUAGUGAAGCAGCAUGCUUACAAAAAUGUCAAUAACUUGAAAUCAAUUGAUGAAACUUUCCUGAACUGCUUAAACCUAGCGGCAUUUCUAAAAGCAAGGCAGUCUGACGCUCCAGACCAAGAUGUGCAACAGAUUAAUAUCUCAACAGCACAAGUUGCAUAUAAUGGCCAACAACAAACAUGGACAGGUCAUACUCCACCAAUUAUCUCUGCUUCAAAUAUUGAUGAAGGAAUGCAUAAUUACCAAAUCUGCGCUGAUCCACUGCCAGACAAAAGAGAAGUGCCACCAAACAGUCAGGUGGAGGAUGAAUUUUCCUCUGGAAUGUACACUGAAGGGGGUAGUUGUUGGAACCUUAAUGGAUCAUAUUUUCCAGCUAUGCAAUGUGGUUAUUCGACAGAGAAUGAGAGUUCAGAGUUUCAAUUCAUAAAUGAUUAUCCUCCUUAUACAACAUGGGGGCUAGAAAAUGGCAUUUGCUUUGGUUCUGAUGAAGCAGAAUGUAGCAGCCAUUCUCCUUUCCUCAAUUCUGCCCUGGAUAUAUCCAACAGUGAGAAACCGAAAGCGGUGUGGCAGAAGAUUCGGGUUGCUCUAUGGGUCUUAUCAGUGAGAAGGGAUGCAGCUGCCAAAAAGAAAGCAAAGCUGUUUUGCUAUGACUAUUAGACUGCUGUUUUAUUUCCUUUGUUGGGUACUAGAUAGAAUAUGCCUAAGAGCCUAGGAUACAAGUUCCCUAGAUUUCUUAGAAUUGUGAA